CUCCAUCAUGGCCUCCACCACAGCCACGACGGCGGCGACGGCGACGUCCAUCCGGGUGGCAGGCGUGCCCGAGCACUUUAACGACCCGUGGCACCUUGCCAUCGACCGCGGGCUCUUUGCUGCCCGCGGCCUCGCCCUCGACUUUGUGACGUACUCGGGCGGGACGGGGGCCAUGACCCGGCGCUCCGCUCGGGCGAGGUCGAUGUGGCUGUGGCACUCACCGAGGGCCUCAUUGCCGACAUCGCGCUCCGUGGCUCGGAGGACUACAUCAUGGUGGCGCCCUACGUGAGCGUUCCGCUCCGCUGGGGCGUCUGGGCGGCACCAGACUCGCCCAUCACUUCGCUGGAAGAUCUCGACGCCGGCCACGGGCCCAUCAUCUUUGGCAUCUCGCGCUUUGGCUCGGGCUCGCACCUCAUGGCCACCAUCAUGGCCAACGCGCGCGGGUGGGAUCCCGAACGGGUCUCCUUUGCAAAGCCGUGCGGCUCGCUGGACGGUCUCGAGGCUGCUGUCGCCUCGGGCGCCGCAUCGCUCUUUAUGUGGAACCACUCGACGACCAAGCCGCUGGCGGAUGCUGGCCGCCUCCGCCACGUCGGCGACUGCUUCACCCCGUGGCCCUGCUUCAUGAUCGCCGUCUCGCGUGCGCUCCUCGAGCACAAUCGUCCCGCCCUCGACGCCAUGCUCGCUACCAUCAAGGACGCUGCCCGCACCUUUGUAGCCGAAGGCGAGGCCUCGGUCGACUUUGUGGUGAAGAAGCAUGGCAUCGCGCGCCAGGACGCUGCAGACUGGUUUGCUUCCGUCGGCUACGCAGAAUCCAACCACAUCGACGACGCCGUUCUCUCGUCGGCCAUCACCGCCCUCCGCGCGACCAAGAUCAUCGACACCGUCCCUGCCCGCGACGACCUUGUCGCCGAUCUCGGGCCGGCUGUCGUCGUCGAGGGCGGCCACGUCAUCCCACCGCCGUCACAUUGGGAGUAUGCUCCCGCUGAAGACGAGUCGUUUACCGGCCUCAUUUGCGCCGCCGCCUCACCGGUCUACGGCCUCAGCUGGGCCGAGUACGAGCCAUCGUCGCCUGUCGCCUCGUCAGGCUCGUCGUUCAUGGCCUUUAUGUGAGCUCUCGGCGCGGCGUCCGGUGGCGAUGGCGUCAGAGACGGUGGCGUCAGAGGCGAUUGCGGUAAAAGAUGGCCAGGGCGAG